CCCUUCAACACAAGUCUAUAUGCAUUCGACGCUGGGUUGCUCAAUACAGUAGGACAUUCCGUAAUUUCACUCUCACUUGGUUUGAACAUUGGGCAGGGCAAUAUAUUCUGAUAUUUGCCUGAGAGGAAGAGAACAGCACACCUUUUAGCCAUGAAGUUGUUGGCAUUAUUACUUGUCCUGCCGGCGAUAUGUAUCGCCCAGCAGCAACAAGGCCCCGGAGCAAGACAGCCUGGGCAGGGCCCAGGAAUGAGACCAAAUCAACCAAACCAGCCAGGACAAGGGCCAGGAAUGAGACCUAAUCAGCCAAACCAACCAGGGCAAGGGCCAGGAAUGAGACCAAAUCAACCAAAUCAACCAGGUCAAGGUCCAGGAAUGAGGCCAGGACAGCCGGGACAGGGACCGGGAAUGAGACCAGGACAGCCAGGACAGGGUCCAGGAAUGAGGCCAGGACAGCCAGGGCAGGGACCGGGAAUGAGACCAGGACAGCCAGGACAAGGACCGGGAAUGAGGCCAGGACAGCCAGGACAGGGUCCAGGAAUGAGGCCAGGACAGCCAGGACAAGGGCCAGGAAUGGGACCAGGAAUGGGCCCAGGAAUGGGGCCAGGUAUGGGCCCAGGGCAAGGACAAGGACAAGCUAUUGGUUCAAAAUGUAAAGGAGGCUGGUUCCUCAUUGGACAGCAAUGUUUUAAGAUGAUGCCGAGAGCGCUGAAAUGGAAUGAUGCCGAGUUGAUGUGUGAGCAGAAUGCCCCUUGUGGAACCCCUGUACUCGCUGGUGUAAUGACAAUUCCCGAUAUCCAAACAUCAAACGCAGUCAUCAACCACCUUAAGAGCCUUUCAACCACAAAUAUGCGCAUUGACAUCCCGUUCUGGACAGGUCUUCACAACAAAUGGAACCAGCUUCUUGAGAGGUAUGAAGGGUGGAAGUGGCCUUCCGGUUGGAGCACAACACAACAGCCUCUACCGUUCGUUAACUGGGCACGAGGGGAACCUAACAAUCAACUCCUGGAUCAACAACACUCAUACUGUGCAGCCAUGAACGGGAUGGGUGAGUGGUUUGUCCGACGAUGCGACGAGCCUAUGUAUUCCAUGUGUUCCAUGCCAGUCAGUCCACCACUUACCGGUGCAGUACCUUCGAAUCCUGGAAUGGGUAUGCUUGUUGAAACACCAGCUCAGAUUCGCAACGGAUACAUUGAGCUUGAAAGCGGUCUGCUCAUGAGGAGCAACGUUGGGGGCGCAUAAGACUCUGACAAACUCUUUAUCUUUUUUUUAAAAUAAUGUGCCCUGAUUCUCGUCACCUAAGAAUCCAAAAUGGCGGACGUGUUAACUUUGACCCAAGGACAUUCAGAAAAACAAGGAGGAAAUGAAACUGUGAAAACUUAUUAACAAGGGAAUUUUCACCUUCCUAGCCUUGCCAGCAACUCUCUGAUCGUUAUUUCUCAGAAUUUGCUAUCCACUGAUAUUUAAUUCAAUUGAAGAUGAUAGUUCGAGCAAUUCUCAGUAAGAAAAUAAAUAUUUGUUCAUUUUUUUAAACAAGGAAUACUUUAACAAUGAUCUCAUUUGUUAUAUUAGUUUUUAUUUCAACUAUAGUCAGUUUAAUUGACGCAAUGACAGAGUGUAGUUUUGUGAUGUUGAUAUUUUCUAUGUUACAUUUGAACGAAAAAGAUGUACAAUAUAAUAUUUUGCAACAAGUGUAAAAUUACAUUAAACGAAUUUAUUUCAUUGUA